AGACUUGAACGAUGAAGACUAUGUGACUGUUAUGGCAAAUGAACGUCUGGUCAACCGCCCCCAAGUCCGUUCAACUGUGGCGCGCAGUCGCUUCCCUGAGCUUUCCUACGGGGAGGAUGUGAAUCUUUUUGGCGCCGCAGAUUUGAUUUCCCCAGUCGUUGGGAAUAAUUGGCCAUCGACGGUCCCAGCCUCCACCGGAAGCGCGGACAGCGACGUCGACGUGACUGAAGACGAAAGCCGGAGCCCUGCGCUGACGCCACUCGGCGUAAUCACACGGCGGCCACGGUAGUGCGUCACUCUCGUCCUGUCCAAUCAGCGAGCUACGUGUAUCACGCCGAGGGUUCGCAGGUCAGGGGUUGCCAAGGAGAGAGGAAGAUGGCGGCAGGCGGAGUGAGCAGUUGGCGCCGCUGAAACAGAUUUAGCAGGCAGAUCGUACUUCAGAGUGAAGCGCCUCCGCUGCGCAUUUGACCGCCGUCCUUUAAGACUUUAAGACUUCCGCGGGAAGAAGGACGCUAAUGGCGCUGCUGUACGGCUUCUUAUGGCGGCUCUUGCUGGUUAUGGUCCACGUCAACAGGGCGCUCGUCUCUUGGCUCCGUGUCCGCCUUCGGAGCUGGAAGGGCCGGCUGUGGGAGCGGGCGAUGGCCGCACUGCUGCUGCCGGUGGCCCUCGCUGGGUUCCCGGACCAUCAGAGGAAGUUAAAUCACAACCCCGAUGCUAACGCUAACCCGGUAACUGGAAACCGCACUGCCAGUCGCCGGUCACGGUGGCUGUCCGACGGCAGGUCUCUGGAGAAGCUGCCGGUCCACAUCGGCCUGUUGGUAGCGGAGGAGGAGCCCAGCUAUACAGACAUCGCAAACCUGGUGGUGUGGUGUAUGGCCGUCGGUAUAUCCUAUGUCAGCGUCUAUGACAAUCACGGUACUUUUCGAAAGAACAAUUCCCGUCUCCUGGAGGAGAUAGUAAGGCAGCAGCAGGAUUUGCUUGGAGUAGAUGGAUCCAAAUACAAUGUGGAGUUCCUGAGCAAUGGCAGUGACAAACACCAGCACCAUGUGGUUUCCUGCAGGCCCACAGUGAAGGUGUUGUCUCCUGAGGAUGGGAAGCAGAGUAUUGUCCAGGCAGCACAGCAGCUCUGUCGCUCUGUGGAGAACAAAGAGAGGAGCUCCAAAGACAUCAGCGUCACCAUGCUGGACAUACUGCUCAGAGAGUCGAAGAACAUUCCCGACCCUGAGCUGGUGGUGAAGUUUGGUCCCGUCGACAGCACGCUGGGCUUCCUCCCCUGGCACAUCAGACUCACUGAAUUCAUCUCCCUGCCCUCCCACAGAAAUGUGUCCUACGAGGACUUGUUGGGUGCCCUGCAGCGGUAUGGUGCCUGUCAGCAGCGGAUCGGCCAGUGAUGCUCAGGCCGGCUUCGGGCUCUUCAGACGGGAAGGAGUGCGGGGUUCACACAGUCGGGGGAAGGUCUGGACCGACCCCCCCGCACCCCGCUGCGUCCCUCACUGUUCCCCUCCCCAACUCUGUCCAUCUCCCGGAUCUCUAACAGACUGAGACAGCUGAAAGACGAGGACACCAGGAGAGCCGGCCAGCUCACUUCCUGCUACCAGCUCUCGUCUUUUAAUAAACUCACAUUCCACAGGACUUGUGGAACAUGCUCUCCAAGCCAAGAGAAAAAAAGGACAUCAGAGACACGCACUGGCAUGAGAAGACUCAGUGUUCCACAAACCCUGUUCUGUCCUCUCAAAGCCUCCGGCUCACUGUUUGUCAUUCAGUCUCCAGCUGCUGUUUACUGCUGAAGACUCAGAAAAUGACUCGCCUUCAUUCAGCAGACAACAAAGAAGAAACAAGGCUUUGUGCCCGUCCUCGUGAGGCAUCCUGGGAAAUACAGCUGCACUUUAGGGAGAAGCUCGGCUAGCAGCCCCGUAUGAGCUGAGCAGCAGACGUUGAUCUUGGGGACAGAGUUGCUGAUAAUGUGUAAAUAUGCAACAUCCGUGUGGCUCCGUGUUUGUCCCUGUGGCCUCCAGCUUACAGUUGUGUGUUCAUGUGUUGUGUUGCUUCAGACACAUCCAGAGGUUUGUUUAAGGCUCCUGUUAGACUGAGCUGAACUCUGCUGACAGCUCUUCUAGAAAAGUCCGUCUUACCUCACUUUCAAGGAGGAUUCCUGUGACAAAAUGGUCCUAACUCCCCCUAAUGUUUACUACUCAGUACUACAUUUUCCCAAGUUAUCAGUUCUCAUGUAACUAGAGGUUCAUAUUUGGGUCGAAGGAUGACAACUUAGCCAUCUCCAUCUGCUGAUGAAGACCACAACUCCACAAAGAGCCAGUAAGUGGACCUUGAGUUUAGAUUAUUUAGUCUGGGUCGGAUUCUUAUAGAUUUGUCAAACCUUUCUGUCAGUUAUAUUAACCUUGUAACCAAUGACUGAGACCGGGGAACGCGGUGAAGAAGUCUGACAGGUCAGAAACGCCAGCAGUCAGACCAUCAUCAGGUUGGACACGAACCUCCGUCUUAGGCGAAACCGGUUUGGAGGAGAAAACGAGGGUUACCUGUGGGUAAACAUCCAUCCCAGUUUACAGACCCAUGCCUGCACGUUUCUGCCCGUCUGACCCGGGUUCUAAUAAACUGGUGCUAUCGGUGCUUCCCAAACAGAGCGCUGGGCCCCGACCCAGAGAAAAUACACCCUUUUCACAGCGGACGCUUUGACUUGUCAAAAACAGAUGAAACUAAAAACAUGAACUGCUGCAUUGUUUCAGUUUUCACUUCCACAGAGCCAUCAGCGUUAUCGGUUCUUCACUUGCUGUGAAAAGGGUCAACAAACCUGACUCAUUUGGGAACAAUAAAAUGUUGCUGAUCAAACAAAGGGGUCAGUCGAAUGCCUGUCCUCCCCUGGGUUGGCGUAGCAGGCUUGUACUCGGGCCCAAACUGAGACUUCACUUUGGGCAAACUCCGCUUCGUCUCAGCACAGAAACUACUGAGAAACCUGACGAGAAAUCAAACUGACAUCGGCUCCUUAUGAUGCACUGAGUUGAGUUUUCGGCAUUCAUGCGGGGAUUUCUGUUUUAAUUCCCGUUUCCUUCAAUAAAACACAAUGUGCCGCAGCCACAGACUGUUUUUCUUUGAGUCGUGGUCUUCACAGUGAUUUGAGGUGCAGGUGUGGCAACAUGGAGGUAAAUUAAAAAACUGUCACUGAAAUCCUACCUUCAUUCUCUUGUCUCAAGAAAACAAGCUCAGAAAGUUUCUUCUUGAUCUUAAAAACUGUACAUUGAAAAGAGAAUCCUCACUCAAGGUGCACUUACUAGCUUUUCUGUGCUUUGAACUGCAUCUCAUGGUCUUCAGUGGAUUGAGUUUUCUCUCCUGUGACUGUGUGACUGAAGUGUGGAAGUACCGCAGUUCCAGACGUAGGCCACGUUGCAACAGCAGAGACAUCUCCAUCCUCUGAGGAAGACCAUGAGGUGCAGUCAAAAGCCGCAGCAGAUUUUUUUUUUUUUUUUCUGCCAAAAUACAGAUGUUUUGUUCAUGCUUGUGUUCAGUGCUUUGAAGGUUAACCAAACUUUUACUGUGUGGCGGUGCUUGCUGAUUUGUCCGAUUCGAGAUUACAGGUGUUUGUCAGGAUGCUGAUGUGGAGCGGAGCUUCUGUUUGUGAUCUGUCGUGUCGUGGCUCAGGUCUGCCUCUAAAGUUGGAGAGAAAAGUACCAAAAAGCAUGGAUGCCUGAGAAAAUGUGACACUUGAGUCCUGACCACCAGAAAAUAAGUCUGUUAUGUGGAGAUGAUGCUGUAAUUAAAUAGUUAGCGCAGGGUAAAGAUGAGAGCAGAAUACGAAGCCAAACAAAUCAACCACAGCAGCUCUGUCUUGAACAUCGCUCAUUGACGAUGACAGUGAGUGAGUGAGGCAGAAUGAUUAGUUUCGUCCAUAUCCCAGAGCCUCAGCAUGGUCGUGUGUGUGUGUGUGUGUGUGUGUGUGUGUGCGUGCGUGUUCUGUCUGACUGUUAACACGCCCCCCCCCAUGCACGACGCCAUCAGACCAGACG